CGAGACCGAAUUCAUUAGCGAUAAGAAGACCCAUUCCUGAAAUGGUUCACCCAGGUCAGAUUCUCCGGACCAAUCAUCGUCCUCCCGUGUCUUAUCAUCACAGCCAAUGGCGCUCAUGACCUAUAAAGGACUUUAUCUGGUCUACAACCUUCCUCUUCAUCUUCACACUGUGACGAGCGUCAAGUCUUGCAACCAUGGGUUCAUCUGUAUCUAAGGUUCCUCUUCAAGUUUCUGGCACCGGAACAUCUUCGUCAGAAGUGCUCGACGAGAAAGGCUUUGUUCGCCCGCGCAGCUCCACGUCAUCACCCACAACGGCUUCGUCGCCUUUGGCAACCGACGGUUCAAUUUCCUUGUCUAAUGUCGAUACUUGGGAGUCCGCCGCCGCCGCGGACCCAAAGAUCCAACUUACCCGCACAAUCCUUACUCAUACAAACAUAAAGUCGACCCUUAUCAGUCGUCCAGCACAGGUUGCAAUACCACAUGUUUUCAAUCACGAGGUGGAGUUCAAAACUGGGCCUGUCACAAACCAGAAGUCCAGUGGUAGAUGCUGGCUCUUCGCAACUACCAAUGUCAUUCGGCAUGAAGUCAUGAAGAAGUUGAAGCUCAAGGAAUUCCAGCUCUCUCAGUCAUACCUCUUCUUCUGGGAUAAGUUGAACAAGUCCAAUUAUUACCUAGAGCUUUCCAUCGAGAAUGCAGACCUGCCUGUCGAUGAUCGCCUGGUCAACUUCCUUGCGAAUGACCUCAUUAGCGACGGCGGUCAAUGGGACAUGGUUGUCAACCUACUCGAGACAUAUGGUCUCGUUCCUCAGCCAGUUUACCCUGAGUCAUACCAUUCAAGUGCCUCGAGCCCCAUCAACAGCCUUCUGAAGUUGAAGCUCCGAGAGCAUGCCCUCACUCUUCGCGCGCUCUUUUCGUCACUGAAGGCCGAUCACAACGUCUCGCCGGAGUCUGCUCUUUCGACCCUUCGUGCGAAGAAGGAAGAGCUUAUGCAAGAGAUUUAUACCAUCAUGAGCGCAACCUUGGGUGUUCCUCCUAAGCCCGACGCGCCCUUCACCUGGGAGUACUACACUGAAGAUGGUAAGUAUGCGAAGUGGGAGGGUACCCCUCUGCAAUUCUACAAGGCUUUCACAGCCAAGUUCUCGCCGGCGGAGUCUUUCUCCCUCAUUAACGACCCGCGGAACGAGUACGGUAAGCUAUACACUGUGGACAAGCUCGGCAACAUCUGGGGUGGACGAUCUGUUCUGUACGUGAACACUCAGAUCGAUGACCUCAAGCAGGCCAUAGUCCGAUCUAUCAAGGCUGGUCAGCCAGUCUUCUUCGGUUGUGAUGUAGGCCAAUUCUCCGACUCCGGCAAGGGCGUCGGUAUCAUGGACACUGACUAUUUCGAAUACGAACAAGCAUUUAACAUCACACUGGGACUUACCAAGGCCCAGCGACUGCAGACAAACGAGUCCGCCAUGACACAUGCGAUGGUUAUCUCCGGCGUGCAUGUGGAUGAGAAGACUGGUCGUCCCGUCCGAUUCAAGGUGGAGAACUCUUGGGGUGAAGAUAGUGGCGUGCACGGUUUUAAUGUGAUGAGUGAUAAAUGGUUCGACGAGUUUGUGUUCCAAGUUGUGGUGCACAAAUCUUUGGCGACCAAGGAGCAUGUAAAGAUCUUUGAGUCGGGGGAGAAGGUGGUGCUGCCUGCUUGGGACCCCAUGGGUGCUUUGGCAUGAAUACCUCAGGGCCUCAGUGUAGUCUUUAUGCCACAUAUGUACAUACCGUUUAUUUUUGUGUUUGCAGACGUACCAGCGGCUAUAAAACGUCGUGGUUCGUGUACUUAUUGAGUGGACGUGGUACUCAAAA